UGCCGUGUGACAGCCGGGGGGGGCCGCUGCUGCCUCGGCGAGCCCGGCUGCGGCGCGGCGGCUGCAGCCAUGUGUUUCUCCGCCUGCCAGUGACACAAUAACACGGGAAGCGGCGGGAGGGCUCCGAGCCUGCCGAGGGGAGAAGUGACCUGAGGCGCUCAGGUGAGCCGGAGCGGCAGGAGAGGCUGUCGCUGCCCGGCACCCCGCGGAGAGCUGCGGCGCUGCCGGCGGGGCCAGCGCGGCCGGGGGCGGCGAGCCCCCGCUCCCCGCUCCCCGCGGCGAUGGAGGAGGGCAUGAGCAGCAUGCAGCAGAAAGCGGCGGAGCUGGAGCACAUGGCCGAGGUCCUGCUCACCGGCGAGCAGCUCCGGCUCCGACUGCAUGAGGAAAAGGUCAUUAAGGACCGGCGGCACCACCUCAAAACGUACCCGAACUGCUUCGUUGCCAAAGAGCUGAUUGACUGGCUGAUCGACCACAAAGAGGCCUCUGACAGGGAGACAGCCAUUAAACUGGUGCAGAAAUUACUGGAUCACAGCAUUAUCCACCAUGUUUGUGAUGAGCAUAAAGAAUUCAAGGAUGUCAAACUGUUCUACCGCUUCAGAAAAGAUGAUGGGACGUUUCCCCUGGACAAUGAGGUGAAGGUGUUCAUGAGAGGACAAAGACUAUAUGAAAAGCUGAUGAGCUCUGAGAACACCCUUCUGCAAGCCAGGGAAGAGGAGGGAGUGAAGUACGAGCGGAGCUUCGUGGCGGCGGAGUUCGUGGAGUGGCUGCUGCAGGAGGGAGAGGCCGCGACGCGCGGCGAGGCCGAGCAGCUGGGCCGCCGGCUGCUGGAGCACGGCAUCAUCCAGCACGUGUCCAACAAGCACCAUUUUAUGGACAGCAACUUGCUGUACCAGUGCAGGAUGAAUUUCCGGCGGCGGCGGCGAUUGAUGGAGCUCCUCACUGAGAAAUCUCGCCUGAUGCCAGAAAGCCACGACAGCCCGUUCUGCCUGCGCAAGCAGAACCAUGACAACAGGAAACACACCAGCUUUCUCUCAGUGAGUCCCACCAAGGAGAUAAAGAUUGUGUCAGCAGUGAGGAGGAGCAGCAUGAGCAGCUGUGGCAGCAGUGGCUACUUCAGCAGCAGCCCAACACUCAGCAGCAGUCCCCCUGUGCUCUGCAACCCCAAAUCUGUAUUAAAGAGACCUGUGACUGCUGAUGAGCUAUUGAUGCCUGGAGCCCCAUAUGUUAGAAAAACUUUUACGAUCGUCGGCGAUGCCGUGGGCUGGGGCUUUGUGGUGAGGGGGAGCAAACCCUGCCACAUCCAGGCUGUGGACCCCAGUGGGCCAGCAGCUGCAGCUGGGAUGAAGGUUUGCCAGUUUGUUGUGUCUGUCAACGGCCUCAAUGUUCUCCAUGUGGAUUACAGGACAGUAAGCAACCUCAUCCUGACCGGCCCUCGAACAAUUGUGAUGGAAGUGAUGGAAGAAAUGGAGGCCUGAGAAGGCAAAAACCUCUAUUACUGGACAUUUUUGUGACAAAUAGCAACAGCCAUGGAGUGGUGUGACAUAAGGCAGCAGAAUGUUGCUGUGUCUACACAGAUGAUUUUGCUUUUAGGGGAGGGGGCUCUCUUUCAUUUAACAAUAAUAGCACUGGUGAUUAUGCUAAGAUGUCAACAAUAGAUACCAGCAUAUUUUCACUGUGGACUUCUCUGUGCCCAACAGAGACACGAUCAGGGCCUUUAGGUGGUCUGUCCAGCCAUGGCUGCAUUGGCCAGAAUGGGUUCCAGACUAAGAGGCCAUGGACCUCCAGUCCAGUCCAGUCCACUACUGGAUCAAAGCACUUCAGGAGGUGAAAGAGCCAAGCUCUGUGGGGUCGGGAUGUCACAGAUGGUUUCAUGAGAUACUGACAGUGAUAAACAUUGUCCUGGUGUGACACCUUUGUCCCUGGAGCACAUGCAGUCACAGUUACUCUCUCCUUGGCUGAGGGACAGCUGACUAAAUACUUGUUGAUUAUAGUCAAACAUAAACGAACUGCAAAUGCAUGAGAAAAGUGUCUGUGCUCUGUAGAGGAUAGUCUGGUAUGAAUGUUUGGGCCUGACUGAUUACUCGGGUUAGUCUACAAAGAAAAGGGAAAAACGUGUGGUACUUUUACAGAAACUGCUGUUGAAAAUUGGUCUUUUGGUUUCAAUGCCUGUGUGCUGGAUUAGGUGCUUGAGUAUAAAAUAUUGAUUUUGAGGUUUUUUUCCAUACCUGUAAAGGAGAGCUGCCUCAGUCUUACUGUUCAUCACUUUUGAGAAAUUUUGGACACCUUAAUUCCCAGAAGAAGAAUAUUUGUGAGCUUGUAGUGGGAAAUUCACAGUGUUAGCAUAAGGAAUGACACAUCCAAAUUCUCCAGUAGCAAAAGUACACUUCAAAUUGAAGCAAUGUACUUGAAUGUACAUUAAGUUUAUCAGCACUUUCCAAUCAUCUGAUGUUUUGCAAAGAACAAACUUCCCUCAUGACCUGCAUUUGACACUGUUACAGAUAAAACAUUGCAUUUAACUGACUCUUAUUGUUUUUCAAGCAGUAGGAUUUUUUCAUUGAUGAAUUAAUGAAAGAAGUAUUUUUUAAAACAUAAAAAUUCUGUAUUCUGCAGAGUUAGGUGAUGCUUCAACUUGAUGUUAAGAAGACUGCAUGGAUUUUCUUUGAUCUUUGAACUGAAUGAAUACAUCCUGCUUCACAAAAUUAUAAAUACAUUUUGCAGACUUUCUCUGCUGUCUAAAUUUUACAAUUAAAGCUUGACUUUCUAUAUGCACAAAUCAUUCAAUUAUGGGGUGGGGAAAGUAUUUUUCCUCAAAUAAUAUUGAAACAUGUUUUGUAUUAAAAAUUGUUCUCACUAAAUAAAUUGCUCUUUCAGUA